AGUCUCCACUGCCUCGAAAUGAUCCACAAACGCCUCCUUGACCCGUCUGGCUUCACUCCACGAGACUGCUCUGGACUAGAAUGGGGCUUUGAUGCAGAAGACGGGUAUAAUCAAACUCUGCAGACUGCUUGUCACAUUCAACAUUGUGUGGAUUGGAUUCGACAGGAUAUCAUGUGUCUGGCGGAUCCCACGUUGGAGCCGUUUGUGAUUGCGGAUGAGGUGCGGUUUGAGCCGGAAUAUCACCAAUGUAGAAGUUUUGAGAAUGUGAGGAGUUGGGCGCAGAGGAAUGAAUAUCCGGGGAGUAUGGCUAGUUUGCAGGCUUUUGGGUGAUGGAACUCUGGAAUCAAGACAUAUAAGUAGAGGGGGAGAGAGAAGGUUGGAAGAGAAUUAAUUGUUGUGCUUCUUGAUGAGAUACGA